AAACCACAAUUUCACAUUUUCAAGAGGAGUGUCGAAAGCACGUCUAAAGCGGUGGAAAGAGCAAUCCCCUAAUCAAAGCCCAGCACAAUAACAGGCCCACCUCUGUCUUAAGACUGAAAAACCUCGUCGGAGAAUCAGAGGCAUGAGCGGUUAACGAAGCAACUUCCACCGUUGCAAAGACAACCACCGCACAUCACUCUCUCCACAUUCAAAUUGUGCAUAUACAAAACGACGCAUAGAUUCUUCUACAAUGCCUCGAAACGACGAUAUCUGUUUCGUUUCUUCUUCCAUCAAAAUCCCUCUUCCUUCCAAACCCCUAAACACUCCUUUCAAAACCGCACAUUCUCACUUCACCAACGCAACUAACUCGUUUUCUCAACUCAUUCACUCGUUCAGAACUCACUCCACCGAGUUAACUCGGUCCGUUCUCCGGAAAUCGCAUUCUCUAUGUUCGGCGACAUUAUCACUGACCGACGAGCAAAAAGGCCUGUCUCUUUCUCCGGCGGAGGAGACUCAAUUGAAAACUCGACAGAAUGAAGAGAGAGUUUUAAUCAGUGAAGUAUUGGUUCGAAACAAAGACGGCGAAGAACUCGAGAGGAAGGACCUAGAAGCAGAAGCGGCUCAGGCUCUCAAAGCCUGUAGACCUAAUUCGGCUCUCACAGUUCGCGAGGUGCAAGAGGAUGUUCAUCGGAUUAUCAAUAGUGGAUACUUUUGUUCAUGCGUUCCGGUUGCAGUUGAUACGCGUGAUGGUAUUCGAUUGGUAUUUCAGGUAGAACCAAAUCAAGAGUUCCAAGGAUUGGUAUGUGAAGGAGCUAAUGUUAUUCCGGCCAAGUUUUUAGAGAACUCUUUUCGAAAUGGACAUGGGAAAGUUAUCAAUUUGAGGCGUUUGGAUGAGACUAUAUCUUCUAUUAAUGACUGGUAUAUGGAGCGUGGUCUUUUUGCCAUGGUAUCAGCUGUUGAGAUUCUAUCUGGGGGUAUUCUAAAAUUACAAGUUUCAGAGGCCGAGGUCAAUAAUAUUUCCAUCCGGUUUCUUGACAGGAAGACGGGUGAGACUACUGUUGGGAAGACAAAACCUGAAACAAUACUUCGGCAAAUUACAACCAAGAAGGGGCAGGUCUACAGCAUGCAUCAGGGGAAAAGAGAUGUAGAAACUGUAUUAACAAUGGGGAUCAUGGAAGACGUUAGCAUUAUUCCCCAACCCGCAGAUACGGGGAAGGUUGAUUUAGUGAUGAAUGUGGUGGAACGUCCUAGUGGAGGAUUUUCUGCUGGUGGUGGGAUAUCAAGCGGGAUUACAAGUGGUCCACUCAGAGGACUCAUUGGAAGCUUUGCGUAUUCUCAUAGAAAUGUUUUUGGAAGAAACCAGAAACUCAAUAUUUCCUUAGAGAGGGGCCAGGUUGACUUAAUCGUCCGUGCAAACUACACUGACCCUUGGAUCCAAGGAGAUGAUAAGCGAACAUCUAGAACAAUAAUGAUUCAGAAUUCAAGAACGCCCGGAACAAUUGUUCAUGGUAACCAGGAUGGUAACAGUAACCUGACUAUUGGCCGCAUCACAGGUGGCAUAGAGUUGGGUCGACCCAUUAGGCCUAAGUGGAGCGGAACAGCAGGACUGAUUUUCCAGCGUGCCGGAGUCUGUGACAACAAUGGCGUUCCUAUCAUUAGAGAUCGUUACAACAGUCCUCUUACUGCAAGUGGCAAUACCCAUGAUGAUACAUUGCUUGCUAAAAUUGAGACUGUUUACACUGGUUCUGGUGAACACGGGUCUUCUAUGUUUGUUCUAAACAUGGAACAAGGGCUUCCUGUUUUGCCUGAUUGGUUAUCCUUCACUAGGGUGAAUGCACGGGGUAGGAAGGGUGUUGAGAUUGGUCCUGCUCGUUUUAAUUUAAGUCUCUCUGGGGGCCAUGUGGUAGGUAAUUUCUCUCCCUAUGAAGCUUUUGCCGUUGGUGGAACAAAUAGUGUGAGAGGCUAUGAAGAAGGUGGUGUGGGCUCUGGUCGAUCGUAUGUUGUUGGCUCCGGAGAAAUUUCUUUCCCUGUGAAGCGGCCAGUAGAAGCUGUCAUAUUUUCUGACUAUGGAACUGAUCUUGGAUCAGGUUCCACUGUCCUUGGCGACCCUGCUGGAGCAAGGAAUAAGCCUGGAAGCGGAUAUGGAUACGGGUUGGGCAUCCGCGUUGAUUCACCUUUGGGUCCUUUGCGUCUUGAAUAUGCCUUCAACGACAAGAAAGAGAAGAGGUUUCACUUUGGGGUUGGCUAUAGAAACUAAACGUCCUCUCAAGGUUUCAGUUCGCAUCUUGUUGUAUGAUUCAUUCAUUUUUGGUCUGUCUGCAUGGGCUUUUCCUUAUUCGGAAAGCUCUGUAAAUAUUUUCUCUCAAAUGUCUUCAAUUCAGCUAAUGCUUCUCUAAGUGAUACCCAUAGAUGAAUUGAAAUGGCUUAUUCUGGUCUGCCUCUUUCGUGAUUUGAGACACUUUACAGGAUUUGCAUGAUUAGUGGAGAUUGGAUCAGUCAUGUAGGUUCUUACGUUAUAGGAUCGUGAAGAGGAAGAUGAAGCAUCAAAAAGGGUUGUGACUUCUGAGUAAGGCUUCUAAAAAUUGAGAGGCCCUCACUAUAAUAGUGUUAUAUGUUUAUGACAUAGGUUCUUGGCUCGUAGGUGUUGGCUAAGUUUUGAUGAUGGGUGUGGUUGACAUGUUGAUGCAUGCACAUUUGUUCUUCGAAAUCAGUUCGACGGAGAGUUGUAUUCCUAGCAGUAUCCUCUCCAAACUGUUUUUAUUAUUUUUUUAUUAUUUCACCAAGUCUAAAUAACUUUAUUUUAUAAUAUUAGUAAUUAAAUUUAAUUAAUUAUAUUCAAUUAUUAAUAUAUCAACUAUUUUAAUUUUU